GCUAGGUGAUAACCCGCGCUGAGCGCCUGUGAUUGGCUGUACUGGAGAGCGUGUCAGCCAAUUAACUUUCGCAGCACACCUGAAGGGGACGUGCUAAUUAGCCCAGAACCAAUCCGUGGACAAGACGGGGACAACAGGGAAGGGGCAUCCUCUUGCCAAUAGGAAGUGCUAGAAGGCGGGCCUGACAGUCGGUGGAUAGCUACAGCGCCAUGAAUAUCUUGCCCAAGAAGAGCUGGCACGUCCGGAACAAGGAUAAUGUUGCUCGCGUGCGGCGUGACGAGGCCCAGGCCCGAGAGGAGGAGAAGGAGCGUGAGCGGAGAGUGCUGCUCGCUCAGCAAGAGGCCCGCACAGAAUUCCUACGGAAGAAAGCCAGGCAUCAUAACUCUACUGAGCUUGAAGCAGUAGAGUCAGAAGCUCCAAGUUCUGGCCCUGUGGAUCUGUUUCGGGAGCUGCUGGAGGAAGGAAAAGGGGUGAUCAGAGGCAAUAAAGAGUACGAGGAAGAAAAGCGACAGGAGAAGGAAAGGCAAGAGAAAGCACUGGGCAUCCUGACUUAUCUGGGCCAGAAUGCAGCGGAGGCCCAAACUCAACCUCCUUGGUACCAGCUCCCCCCAGGGCGAGGGGGCACCUCACCUGGCCCAGGCCCAG